ACAUUUUUGUGCUUAUAGAGUGAAUUUUGUAUAUAUACCAUAAAUUGGGUGAAAUUUGAGCAAAACCGUUUAGUUUCAUUUGAAAAAUUAUUAUGAAACUUUGCAAUAGAAGUUAAGUUCUCACAACUACGCCUAACUUCUGUAGUGGACAUCUCAUAUCAUGGCGGCUUGUUGAGUCAGAUUUCUUGAAUAAUGGAAUCUGAUAAUGUGCCUAAAAACUCUUCUUCUCCGGCUCCAGAGUUAGAUGUUCUGCCUAAAUAUACAAUACCAGGUAUUCUACAUUUUAUUCAACAUGAAUGGACGCGCUUUGAAAUGGAUCGCGCGCAUUGGGAGGUCGAAAGAGCCGAACUACAGGCGAAGAUUGCUUUCCUUCAAGGAGAGAGAAAAGGCCAGGAAAAUCUUAAACAUGACCUUAUUCGAAGAAUUAAAAUGCUGGAGUAUGCCCUUAAACAGGAACGAGCAAAAUAUCAUAAACUAAAGUUUGGCACAGAACUAAAUCAAGAAGACCUAAAGCCACCACAGUUCAAAGAUCCAUCAGGAAAUGAAAAUGCUGAUUCACAGCAAAAUAACAAAACUGGUAUAAAUUGGAGACAAGGCAGACAGCUACUACGACAAUAUCUUCAGGAAAUCGGCUACACAGAUGCAAUUUUGGAUGUGAGAUCAUCACGUGUUAGAUCAUUAUUGGGUCUCACUGAUCAAAAUAAUAAAAUGGCGGUUGGUGAGGUGCCAAGAGCAAAUCAUGUCAAUGAAACUGAGCAGCUAGUCUCACAUAAAUAUGCACCUACAGAAACAGCAACCAGUGCAAAAGAUGAUAAUAUUGUAGUCAAGAGUCAUGAGAAGGAAGAAAUAUCAAAUUUUGACUUCAUUGAACACGUUGCUCAAGAUGAACAUAGACAUGGUGAGGAGGAUGAUGGGGAGGAUGAUGGUAAUGCAGGACAUGGUGAAGAGGAUGAAGGGAUGAUGGUGGUAAUGCAGAUGAUGAAUCAGAUGAUCGUGAUGAACAUCUCAAUGAAAGAAGACCAAAGAAAUCUAAGCAUGAUGAGUUUGAAGAAACUGUCAUUGGAGAUCCAGAUGGAUCAAGCGCUUGCAGAGUUUGAUUUUCUAGAUGAAGAGAAUAAAUUGAACAUUUCUGAUGACGAUUCAACUUGCAAAGAACAAGAUCGACAUGAUGAAAAUGCUGAUUCCACCAAUAAUGAAUGGGGAGUUGAUUCAGCCAAGUUAGCUAAGUUAAAAGAACAAUAUAAGAAAGAUGUGAAACGAAAGAAGAAUCAAAAACGUCCAGGUCGAGGUGCCCUUCAAGAAAUGAUUGCAAAUCUUAAUGGUGAAGAUGAUGCAAUUCACAGCUCUAGUCUUGGAAUUAUUGGCCCUCUUCCCAUCAAAAUGUCUGGUGGUAGAGCAGUGGCGGAAGUCCCUCCAUUAGGUAAUGUUACUAUCGAGAGAAAUCUUACAUCGAGUCAAAAUGGUGUAAAUGAAACAAUGCCCGAUAAGAAUGAUGUCCAGCCUGAUGAUGGACUGGUGCUUGGUGAUCUGGCUGGAAUUACUGUAUCAAAUGAGGCUGAUCCUCUUAGUCAUGAUGUGUCCAGUAAGGAGGAUGCGAGACAAACGUGGAACUUGAAGUUUACUCUAAGAAGUCAUUUUGAUACAGUCCGUGCGGUAUGUUUCCAUCCUCGUGAGCCCUCCAUUUUAACUGGUUCCGAGGACCAUACUGUUAAAUUAUGGAACAUGAACAAAACAACACCUACUAGAAAAGGCAAUGCUGUUGAGAUUGAACCUAUUCAUUCGUUUCGAGGUCACAGUGGAGCCAUUUUGUCCGUGGAAAUAAACUCUUCAGGUGAAAUAUGUUUUACGGCAAGUGCAGAUGGUACUAUAAGAUGUUGGAAUUUACCAUCUCUGGAGGUUGAUCCUUACGACCCAUUUGAUGCGAGUACCAUUGGUUCUACGUUGACUGGCCAUACAAAUGCAGUUUGGGAUCUUGCCAUUCAUCAUCAACAAAAUCAUCUGCUUUCAUGUUCGGCAGAUGGCACCUGUCGAUUAUGGAAUCCUAUAGUUAAAGUUCCCAUCGUUAAUACUUACUCAGCUAGCAAAGAGCAAGGCAUUCCUACUUCUGUCGAUUUUGUUCGAAAUGAAGCAAAUCAGUUUAUAAUGGCUACAACGAAAUCAAUGUGCUCAAUCAUUGAUACAGAAACUGGCGCUGAACUUGUUGCGUUUGAUAGCAAUAAAACCUAUGAUAAUACUCCUGCGACUCAAAUUAAUAGAGUAAUAAGUCAUCCAACGAUGGGUAUGACGAUUACAGCACAUGAAGAUAGAUAUAUUAAAUUCUUUGAUAAUAAUACAGGUAAACAAAUUCAUUCAAUGGUCGCUCAUUUGGAUGCCGUCACAAGUUUAGCUGUAGAUAGUCCUGGACUAUAUCUUUUAUCUGGCAGUCAUGACUGCUCCAUUCGCCUUUGGAAUCUUGAAACUAGAACAUGUGUUCAAGAGAUAACUUCACAUCGCAAGAAAUUUGAUGAAUCCAUUUAUGACGUUGCGUUUCACCCCAGGAAAGCAUACAUUGCUAGUGCAGGCGCAGACGGUUUAGCCAAGGUGUUUCUUUGACCCACGUGAAUACCUUGAUGCAUCUCAUAGUAGUAUAUACGCUGCGAAACACUGCUUUCCAUCAGUGCACAGUACACACUAAACAAGGCUGGAACUCUGGGUGUAUUGAAAGUCGUUUUGUAUUUAUUGUCCUUAUUGCUCUCAAAUGACAAGUUCUUGUAAUUGUUUGUAAAAUAGUGAUUGCUCCCUCCUCUGUGAGGCGGGAAGGCAAAAUCUUUUUUGAAGUCUCUCGUCAAACCUCAACUGUAGAGUAAAGGACAAUUCAUGAAGUUGGACGAUUGCCAUCGCGAUAAAAAUGUCAAUAAAGCUUUAAUUAAGACAAUCAAUAAUUAUAUCGUAUUGUUGUUAAUUAGUAAUAAUGAAUUCAUUUUCGAAUUGUUUCAAUUUA